AUGGAUGAGUUCAAGGUUCGAAGCGUCGACCUGCAACAGAAGCAAAACCAGACGCGUCACAAGACCGAGGCUCUGAGCUCCAGCACUCUGGUCCUGAGGAGAGGACAGGUCUUCACGGUGACCAUCAGCUAUGAGGGACGACCGCUCGAUCCACUGAAGGACAAACUGAUCUUCCGUAUUGCUCUAGGUCCGAUCGCUGUGGACGUCCCGGUCUCUGUGUCCGGACAGCCGUCUCUGACUCAGUGGACCGCGGUCCUGGAGAGGAGCGUCCUGAACCCAGCUGGACCCCGCGCUCUUUCGGUCUCACUGUCCAGUCCUGCGUCUGCUGCCGUCGGCGUCUACACGCUGCAGAUGAGAGUCGAGUCUCGCUUGAAUGUGAAAACCACUUUCGGCCAGUUCACGCUCCUCUGCAACCCCUGGUGCCAAGCUGAUUCUGUGUUUCUGCAGUCGGAGGAUCUGAGGACUGAAUAUGUCAAGAGUGAUAUCGGUCUGCUGUUUAAAGGCAGUCCUGGUAACAUGGUCUCCAGACCCUGGUCGUUUGAUCAGUAUGAAAAAGGGAUACUGGACAUCUGCAUGAAAUUGCUGCAGCUGAGUCCUCAAUAUCAAGCAGAUAUGAGAAAAGAUCUGCAGAACCGCAGCGAUCCGGUUUAUAUCGGCCGUGUGAUCUCAGCGAUGGUGAACUCUAACGAUGAUAAAGGGGUGUUGAUGGGAAACUGGUCAGGUGACUACAGCGGUGGGGUCAAUCCUUCAAAGUGGUCCGGCAGCGCAGAUAUUCUCAGGAAGUGGGCAGAAACACAAUUCGAGCCUGUGAAAUACGGACAGUGCUGGGUGUUUGCUGCUGUCAUGUGUACAGUGAUGAGAGUCCUCGGCGUACCGACUCGAGUCGUCACCAACUUCAACUCGGCUCACGACACAAACUCAAACCUGGUGAUUGAGGAGUAUUACACUGAGAUGGGGGAAAAACUGUCCAUCGGCAGAGACAGCAUCUGGAACUUUCAUGUGUGGGUGGAGAGCUGGAUGAAGAGGCCUGAUCUGGGUCGAGGUUAUGACGGAUGGCAGGUUCUCGACCCCACGCCACAAGAGAGGAGCGGAGGAAUGUUCCGCUGUGGUCCUGCUGCGGUUAAAGCCAUUUAUGAGAAGAAGGUGGAUGCGCAGUACGAUGUGCCGUUCGUUUACGCCGAAGUGAACGCGGAUGUGCACAGGAUGAUCGUCAGAGAUAGAAAGAUCCUCUCAACCAGGGUCGAUAAACGCAGCGUUGGAGCUCUGAUCUCCACCAAACGUCCAGGAUCCAUGAGCAUGCUGGACAUCACGUCUGAAUACAAAACUGAGCAGGAUGAAAUCAUAUCUUGCUUGUCAUUCAAUGCUGUUGAAGAAAGAAGCCUUCGUUUCAGUCGUCAGCCUGAAAUCAUGGUUCGUCAGGGUCUUGCAGUUUCUCUCCAGCUUCUGAGAGCCCCUGUAUUCGGAGAAAACAUUUCUUUCAACGUCGUAAUCACUAACAACGUGGCCGCUCGGAAACUGCUGAAAAAACACGUGAACGCUCAGGACAAGGAGUACAACCGCAAUCCUACGGGAACCUUCUGGGAGGCUCACGAUGACGUGAAGAUCGGCCCGAAUGAAACUGUGAGUAUAAAGCACGAGAUCUCCUUCAAGGAGUACAUGCUGAAGGAGGCUGGGGAGGAUUCUCUGGUUAACCUGGCUGUGGUUAUCGAGGACGUGAAGUCUGAGGAGAGAGUGCUGGCUUCUGAAGAGUUCAACAUCCCCAGCCCUUCCCUCGACAUACAGAUACAAAAUGAGUUCUCGGUGAACGUUAACACGCUACAAGUGGCCAUGGUGACCUUCACAAACCCCUUCGGCUUUACAGUGAGAGGAAAUCUGAGCGUCUCCGGAUCAGGACUCUUGGAGGAGAAGGCUCAAGUGAGGCUUACGAUCCAGCCUCGAGAAACCAAGAGGAUGGCCGUUAAUUUCACUACCAGGAUGAGCGGUGCAAAGAUGCUUUCUGCCAGCUUAGCGUUGGAGAAUCCUCCCAUAGUCCUGCACGGAUUCAAAUCAAUCAAUGUUCAAGCAUCAUCAGUGUUAGGGAUCUGUUCACAUGCAUUCUCCAGCAGAGGGCAGACUCGUUGAGUGGUUCACAGCAAA